UCUUCAUCUUCACCUUCACCUUCACCGAAAACAUAAUAUUGAAAGCCAUGGCGUCAUGCAGCGGAGUUCUAGCAUUUUCACCAUAUCCUUCUCCUUCUAAGGUAUGCAGAAACCCUUCUUUUUUGACCCAUCAUACUUGUUCUUGUUCUUGUACUUCAUCUUCUAUAGCAACUACUAUUAAUACUGAUGAACAAGAAGCAAAUGAAACUAAUGAUAACAAUAAAGCACAAAAAUUUAGCUAUAGCAGAGCUUCACCUUCAGUCAGAUGGCCUCACCUUAAGCUUAGUGAACUAUACCCUCCACCUCAAACCCACUUCACCCAUGUCACCCCCCAGGUGGGUUUUUCUCCUGAGGCUGAAAGGGAGUCCCAAGGUGGAGAUUUUGGGGAAGUGGUGGAGGGGAGUGAUGAAAAGAUUGAAACAUUAGGGAGAGUUAGUAAGACUAAGGUUAAGAAAAUGAGUAAAUUGGCUUUGAAGAGAGCCAAAGAUUGGAGGGAGAGGGUCAAGUUUUUGACUGAUAGGAUUUUGGGGUUGAGAGAUGACCAGUUUGUGGCUGAUGUGUUGGAUGAGCGGCUCGUGCAGAUGACACCUACUGAUUAUUGUUUUGUGGUGAAAUGGGUUGGGGAGAAGAGUUGGCAGCGUGCAUUGGAGGUUUAUGAAUGGCUUAAUUUGCGGCAUUGGUAUUCGCCUAAUUCCCGGAUGCUUGCGACUAUAUUGGCGAUUUUAGGGAAGGCUAAUCAGGAGAGUUUAGCUGUGGAGAUAUUUCUGCGGGCUGUGCCCGCGGUUGAGAAUACUGUUCAAGUGUAUAAUGCUAUGAUGGGUGUGUAUGCGCGAAAUGGCAGGUUUAAUAAGGUGCAAGAACUGCUUGAUUUGAUGCGCAAGAGAGGAUGUGAGCCAGACCUUGUGAGUUUGAAUACUUUGAUAAAUGCACGUUUGAAGUCAGGUUCUAUGGUGCCUAAUUUGGGAAUUGAUCUUUUGAAUGAGGUGAGGAAGUCAGGGAUUAGACCAGAUAUAAUCACGUAUAAUACUCUUAUUAGUGCUUGUUCACGUGAAUCAAAUUUGGAGGAGGCUAUGAAGGUUUAUGAUGAUUUGGAGGCAAGUAACUGUCAACCUGAUUUAUGGACUUAUAAUGCGAUGAUUUCGGUUUAUGGGAGAUGUGGACUGUCUGGUAAAGCAGAGGAGCUCUUUAAGGAAUUGGAAUCCAAAGGGUUUUUCCCUGAUGCUGUGACAUAUAAUUCUUUGUUGUAUGCUUUUGCAAGAGAAGGAAACGUGAAGAAGGUGAAGAGGAUAUCUGAAGAAAUGGUGAAAAUGGGGUUUGGUAAAGAUGAGAUGACAUAUAAUACAAUUAUCCACAUGUAUGGGAAGCAGGGCCAGAAUGAAAUAGCAUUGAAGCUUUACAGGGACAUGAAAUUGUCCGGCCGAAUUCCUGAUGUUGUCACUUACACCGUAUUGAUUGAUUCACUUGGCAAAGCAAAUAAGAUUUCAGAGGCAGCUAAUGUGAUGUCAGAGAUGUUGGACUCAGGAGUUAAACCCACUUUACGGACUUAUAGUGCUUUGAUUUGUGGGUAUGCUAAGGCAGGGAAGCGGGUGGAGGCUGAAGAGACAUAUGGUUGCAUGAUUAGAUCUGGGAUCAGACCUGAUCUUCUAGCAUAUUCAGUCAUGUUGGAUAUCUUUCUGAGGUUUAAAGAAACGAAGAAGGCCAUGGUGUUGUAUCGGGAUAUGAUUCGUGAUGGUUUCACUCCAGAUCAUGAUCUUUAUGAAAUCAUGCUUCGAGUUCUUGGGAGAGAAAGCAAAGUGGAAGAUAUUGAAAAGGUGGUUGGGGAUAUGAAAGAACUAUGUGGUAUGAACCCACAAACUGUUUCAUCCAUUCUUGUCAAGGGUGAAUGCUAUGACCAUGCUGCUGAGAUGCUGAGAUUUGCGAUCUGUAACGGGAGUGAACUUGACCAUGAAAAUUUGUUAUCUAUAUUAGGUUCAUACAGUUUGUCUGGCAGGCACUCAGAAGCUUGUGAAUUACUUGAAUUCUUGAGAGAACAUGCUUUACAAUCCACUCUCUUUGUAACUGAGGCUCUGAUCAGCAUACUUUGCAAGUCUCAGCAAUUGGAUGCUGCUUUGGAGGAGUACUGUAACACUUGGGGAUCUGGUUUGUUCAGUAAGAGUAAAACAAUGUAUGAGUCCUUGAUUCAUUGCUGCACUGAAAAUGAACACUUUGCUGAAGCUUCUCAGGUUUUUUCUGACAUGAGAUUCUACAGUGUUGAACCAUCUGAAUGUCUCUACCAAAAUAUGAUGCUCGUUUAUUGUAAGAUGGGCUUCCCAGAGACAGCACAGUCUAUUGUUGAUCAUGCAGAAAAGAAAGGCAUUCUUUUUGAUGAUUUUUCCAUUUAUGUUGAUAUAAUUGAGGCAUAUGGGAGCUCGAAGCUAUGGCAAAAAGCAGAAAGCUUGGUGGGGAGUCUUAGACAAAGAUACGAAACUAUUGAUAGAAAGGUCUGGAAUGCUUUAAUAAAAGCUUAUGCUGCAAGUGGCUGCUAUGAGCGAGCUCGGGCUGUUUUUAACACAAUGAUGAGAGAUGGUCCUUCUCCAACUGUAGAAUCAGUUAAUGGUCUCUUGCAAGCGUUGAUUGUUGACGGGAGAUUGAAUGAGCUUUAUGUGGUGAUCCAGGAGUUGCAAGAUAUGGAUUUUAAGAUAAGCAAAAGUUCCAUUCUUUUGAUGCUGGAUGCAUUUGCACGAGCAGGAAACAUAUUUGAGGUGAAGAAAAUAUACCAUGGAAUGAAGGCUGCAGGUUAUUUUCCUACUAUGCAUCUGUACAGGGUCAUGAUUGGGUUGUUGUGCAAGGGGAAACGGGUGAGAGAUGUUGAAGCCAUGGUAUUUGAGAUGAAAGAAGCAGGAUUUAAACCUGAUCUUUCAAUAUGGAAUUCUCUGCUCAAGUUGUACACAGGAAUUGAGGAUUUUAAAAAUACGAUUCAUGUUUACCAGCAGAUUCAAGAAGCUGGACUACAACCAGAUGAGGACACUUUCAAUACCUUAAUUAUAAUGUACUGCAGGGAUUGUAGACCAGAAGAGGGAUUAUCACUGAUGCAUGAAAUGAGAAAGCAAGGUUUAGAGCCUAAAUUGGACACCUACAAAAGCUUGAUUUCGGCAUUUGGUAAACAACAGCUGCUGGAACAAGCUGAGGAACUUUUCAACGAGUUGAGAUCUAAAGGGCGUAAACUAGAUCGCUCCUUUUAUCACACGAUGAUGAAAAUAUAUAGAAAUUCUGGAAAUCAUUCCAAAUCUGAACAGCUAUUAAGCAUGAUGAAAGAGGCUGGAGUGGAACCUACAACUGCGACAAUGCACUUGCUUAUGGUCUCUUAUGGAAGUUCUGGACAGCCCCAAGAAGCUGAAAAGGUUUUGGUUAACUUGAAAGAAGCUAGUUUGAAUCUCAGCACUCUACCAUAUAGUUCAGUUAUUGAUGCUUAUUUUAGAAAUGGAGAUUAUAAUGUUGGAAUCCAAAAGCUUAUCGAGAUGAAGAAAGAGGGUAUUGAGCCAGACCACAGGAUAUGGACAUGCUUCAUCAGGGCUGCAAGUUUGUCUCAACUCUCAAGUGAAGCCAUUAUCCUCCUAAAUGCACUCCAAGAUGUUGGGUUUGACCUUCCAUUGAGGCUUCUGACAGAAAAAUCUGAGUCACUAGUUGCAGAGGUAGACCAUUGUCUAGAAACACUACAACCUGUUGAAGACAAUGCAGCCUUUAACUUUGUCAAUGCUUUGGUGGACCUAUUGUGGGCAUUUGAACUCCGAGCCACUGCUUCAUGGGUUUUCCAAUUGGCAAUCAAGAAGAGCAUUUAUCACCAUGAUGUCAUCAGGGUAGCUGACAAGGAUUGGGGGGCUGAUUUUAGAAAGUUGUCAGGCGGUUCAGCUCUUGUUGGUCUUACUUUAUGGCUUGAUCAUAUGCAGGAUGCAUCUUUGCAGGGCUAUCCAGAAUCUCCAAAAUCAGUUGUUCUGAUAACAGGAACGGCGGAAUAUAACAUGGUUUCACUUAACAGUACAUUAAAGGCUUGCCUUUGGGAAAUGGGAUCCCCUUUUCUUCCUUGUAAAACCAGGAGUGGUCUCCUUGUAGCUAAAGCCCACUCCCUGAGAAUGUGGUUAAAGGACUCCCCAUUUUGCUUAGACCUUGAGUUGAAAGAUGCUCCAUCUCUCCCCGAAUCAAACUCAAUGCAGCUGAUCGAAGGAUGUUUCAUAAGACGUGGCCUUGUACCUGCUUUCAAGGACAUAACUGAGAGACUUGGGAUAGUGAGACCAAAGAAAUUUGCAAGGUUAGCUUUGUUACCAGAUGAAAAGAGGGACAGGGCUAUUCGAGCUGAUAUUGAAGGGCGUCAAGAAAAGUUGGAAAAGAUGAAGAACAAUGUUCAGGUCAGAAGGACAAAGAAAAUGAAGAAUCUUAGAAUGAGAAAAUUUGUUCGAAGAGGCUUUACAUCAAAGCGAGGAGAUGCUAGAUGAAAUAUGCGUAAACUAAUUGGCCAAUGAAGAAUGGCUUGACCUUUAUCUUCUGCCUUCUGCCUCCUGCCUCCUGCAGCGCUGAGGAUUUGCUUAUCAGUGCAGCAAGACCCUAUACAUGUGUUCUCCACAAUGUAGUGGUUGCCGGCAUUUCUUUCUCUUCAUCGGAUAUGAUUUCGAGAUAGCUGCAUGACAGUGAGUCAGUGACUCAUUUAUUGCCACUCAUCCAAGAUUACUGAAAAGUAUUAAAUGAUCACUGCCGAAAUGAAGAACAAGCAUUUUUCUUUUCUUUCAUGAGGUCUGAACAGAAUAUCACAUGGGUUCUAUGACCAUAUCUUCUGUCAUAUUAUUAUUGAAGAAAAUAGCGCAAGAAGAAUGUCGUGCAUGCCAUGGUUAUACAUCUCAUGCAGUGAACAUCAACAACCAGAGGGGCUUCUCAAAGCACCACAACAUUUUGCCAUGGAGUUCAUAUUGUCAGGGCUCUAGCUUUGAUUCUUUCUCAGCUGCAACGGUAUCCCCAGAAGAGAUAGUUUUCUUCAUCUAACAGUGUUAAAAGUUGUCAGUAUCUCCAGCAAAGUAGCUGUAAACACCGGAAAGAUAAGCUUGUAAACUCAAGCUUAGUUGUACAUUAAGGAAUGUAUUAUGUUACAGAAGCUACAAUGUUAGAGGGAAUGAAUUUUAACCCCAGAAAUGUAACUAGACUGAUAGUGAUUAUGAGAUUGGAGCCUUGCUUCUGCAUACAAAUAAGAGCUUGUUACCUUGAUUUUCAGGAUUAAGUUUGAUUUUUAAGCUCAAGCAUUUUCUUAUUGAGCUCCCUCUCUUAUUUAA